AUGCUCGAGGAGCAUUGGCUCCGGUCAGAGCUGAGCAAAUUGACACCACCGUCCGCCCCUGACCGCGACGAAUGGGUCGCGGAGACAUCGAGGCGCAUUCUGUUAGUUCAUCGCGAGAACGAAGAGAUAGACCCCAACUGUGACCUCUCCAAUUUCUGGACGGACGUCGAACGCGAUGCAAACGUGGGUGAUUCCUGGGAAGAAGCAGCCCAACACCGCCUCGACAACCUGGCAACAGCAUUCCCGGGACUGGCUACGACACAGGUGUCUAGAUCAUCCCCCCUCGAUGCACGCAGAGACGAGCUCCGGCGCAUAGCAUUUGUAGGCGAUGCGACCGGAACCAAUUUGACAACGGAAGAACGCGAGACAAUUUUGUCGCUGCUUUGCGAAUAUGUUGAUGUGUUUGCAUUUUGCUUGGAGGACGUCACAGUGACACCAACUAUCAAACACCAAAUUCCCCUCUUACCCGGCCACCACCGCACAAACCCUGGUUGGGUUUCGACCAUCAACUCACCCGAUCAACGCAAGUUUCCUUAUGAGCAAGUUGACAAAAUGCUGGCCGCUGGAAUUAUCCGGGAAGUUGACAGGAAUGACGUCACAUGGUGGGCAAACUCCCGUGUCGUCCCAAAGAAGGAUUUGACAGCGGUCUCAAAGUCCAAAGCUGAGCUCAAGGAGACGCUUGAGGAAGCAGUCGCAAGAUCACUCUCGGACAGGGGCGGAUGGGCAGAACAAAAGCUGCACGAGUUCCCCCACGACAAAGCGAAAGCGCCAAAGUUUCGAUUGGUUCAUGCUUACCUCCAGGUUAACGACGCAACCGCGAAUACAGCGUUCCCUAUCGGCGACCUCGACGCGAUGACGGAGAGGCUCGCGGGAAAAUCGUUCAUCACAUGCCUCGACAUGCAUUCAGGCUAUUUUGCAAUAGGCAUGGACGAAGAGGAUGUGUUGAAAACCACCUUCCGUGUCGAAGGCCGCGGGUAUUUUGCGUACAAUGUCAUGCCCUUCGGUCUGAAGGGUGCCCCCGCGACAUUCUGCGAACUCAUUGCCACCGCCUUUGGCCCAGCGAUUGGUACCACUAUGGAAGCCUGGAUGGACGAUCUCGCAACCUCAACCAACACCUUGGACGAACAACUGGAAAGGAUUCGGUUCAUACUGGACACUUGCCGAGAGCACAAGCUAUCCCUCAACCCCGCGAAAUGCACGUUUGCGCAGUCUUCGGCCGUAUGGUGCGGAUCCCACCUCUCCGCCAAAGGCAGAGAACCUGACAAGGCGAAGGUACAAGCAGUCAUCGACUGGCCCAAACCGAAUACACCUUGGGAGGUCUCGAGUUUCCUCAAUUUUGCGGGUUACUACCGUAAACUCAUCAAGGGUUUCGCGGCGAUCUCCGAGCCCCUUUCGGCACUCACAUGUGGUGUCCGAGUGGAACAAUCUGCCCGCCGGAAGGACGGCUCGACCGCGAGAGGGGCUUACAAGAGGGCAAUGAAAACUCGACCUAUGGACUGGAAAUGGGGACCAGAGCAAGAAGGGGCGUUCUCGGCAAUCAAAAGGGCGUUAUCAACAUUCUGUCAAUAUAUUGCUGUUUCAUCCCACUGGUAUUCCCGAUUAUGAUUAGUUACUAGUUGUUGAUAUUAGACGCCUCGCGCGUCUCGAGCCAGCCUCGCGCGCGCUCCCUUAGCGCUUAUCUUCUUUCUCCAACUAUCUUUACUAUCAUCAUCGGCUCUCGUACUUACGUACUUCGUUCCUCGGCUUCAGCUCGUGAAACGUUCCCCAUCUUGCGGUCGCCAGACUGGAACCAGCCCUUCAUUAUUGAGACGGACGCCAGCAAGAAAGGGAUGGGCGCCACUGUCACAACGCUUCACGUACGCCCAUUCAGGAACUGGAGAAAUGGUGACUAGGACCCACCCAAUCGCAUUUGCCUCGAGGGCAACAUCGGCAGCUGAGAAAGCGUACCCAGCGUUUCUGCUCGAGCUAGCAUGUCUCAAGUGGGCAACGGACAAGUAUGAGAAGUACCUCUUUGGCAACCAGAAUAAGAGACUGACGAGCGUGUAAUCCAACCGUCAGUUAAUUGCAGAUGAUAGUAGCCGUAGUGCUAAAUGUACGUACCUGACGAGCGUGUAAUCCAACCGUGGAGAGAAGACAGCGGUUGGUGCGCAUCGCCAGGCUUCACUAAACAAACGCGCGCCUCUAAUCAAAUAGCCAAUAGCCGCCUUCCUGCUAAUCCUCAUUCACAACACACCAACUACCAGGUCGAGAUUGUCACGGAUUGCAUUGCGUUGGCGGGCAUUCUGUCCAACGAAAAGGUGAACCAUAAUCACGUCCGGUGGAGGGAAAGUAUCCUCGCAUUGGAUAUUGUCAAGUUCACGCACCAACCCGGGAAACAGCAUAAUGCUUGUGAUGAGCUGUCUCGAGUCGUGGAGCACCUCGAAUCAUCUGAGUCAAUAUCUCCGGAGUCCAAGCUACCUAUCGAUUGGGACGAAUAUAUCCAGAGUACAGGACCACGCCAGAUGCUUCUUCUGGCGGAAGCGACAGCUCGGGCGGAACAGGGUAACGACUUGGCUACGCCCUUGUUCCCAACUCAGCCGGAUGACGGGCUGGCGGACCAAGUCAUGUUCCUUGAACAGGCAACAGCAUUGACCGCACUGGACGCCCGAUACAAGGACGACCCCCUGUUUCAACCAUUGGUGACAUUCUUGACAACAUGCCAAUUCCCCACCAGGGCAUCACACUCGGAGAAGGGCCGCCUCCGCCAGCUGGCUAGGCGCUACGCACUGCGGGCCCCUGAUGUCCUGCUCUUCAAGCAAGGUGAAAAGACCAGGGAGUGCAUCCCCCUCCAUGAACGACAGCAGUUGAUUGAAGACACGCAUACAGCGCUGAACCACGCAGGCAGAGAUCUAAUGGUGGUACACCUCUCUGAACGGUUUUACUGGCCCGGCAUGGCACAAUCGGUCGCUCCAGUAAUUGUCACUUGCGAACGAUGCCAACAAUUCGGGAAACGAGUCAUCCGGGCCAAGUUAUGGCCGAUCACGGUGCUAGCACCAAUGGACCUUCUGGCAAUGGAUUACUUCUCCUUACCCGUGAGCCCCAACAAGUAGAAAUCAGUCCUGGUGGUCACAGAUCUCUUCUCUCGCUAUGUAUGGGCCUUCAAAUUCAAAGGAGAAGGCACAGCAAAACGCACCAUCGAAGGAUUAGUUGCGAUCAUCAAGACCUUUGGAACGCCACGGAUCCUGAUGAGCGACGGUGGAACCCAUUUCAAGAAUGCAAACGUCGAGGCGUUCUGCGCAGACAAGGGCAUACUCCGCAUCACUACCCCGCCCUAUGCACCGCAUACCAACGGGGCCGUGGAAGGAGCCAACAAACGCAUUCUGCAAGCGAUUUCCCGCGCCACAGUUGGAUCGGUCGACGCCACUACCUUCUCACCCUGGUGCCAGUCACUUGAAGCGGUGGUGUACGCGAUGAACAAUAGGAUCAUCCCUGCCACGGGAUAUCGACCAGCGGAUCUGAUGUUCACCUUCGCGAGGUCGAUGCCUUCCGAAGGGGCACCCCCUGAAGAGCAAGCAAUCGAGAUCCUCGCGCACGCGCUCACGUCGUGGGCCGACCUGACACUGAGGGCAGCAUGCAUGGUCGCGGACGCAGAGGGACGUGUCUCGACUGCGUACCAGACCAUGUUGGAUUCCCAAGCACGCCGGAAGGAGGCCAAGGACCGCCAACUCCAACGUUGGAACAAAGCCAUUCCGAAAGACGAAAGGGACCGCCCAUUCAGGAGAGGCGACCUCGUCCUUGUUCAUGCCUCUUGGCUUGAGGCAAGUCGAAUUGGAGGGAAACUUCAGGCACACUGGCUGGGACCGUACCGUGUGGUGGCUCCUGCUAAACGCACGGACGACGCGGAGAACCCCAGUGACGAGCACGUGACGUUCUGGCUCGAGUCGCUGGGGGACAGCUCGCCGGUAGCCGGACGCUUUCACGCUAACCGGCUCAAGCUAUUUCACCCACCGCACGACUUCCCGCUUCCAACGACAGAACCAAUGACCCUGGACGAGUUUCAUGCAGCACAGCGACCUAAAAGACAACCCCCUCGUACCCAAAAUGAAGACCUACCAGGGGAUGUCUUGGACGACGACACCGACACCGAGGACUCAUGA